ACUCCGACAUAUAAGCGGCGUUCGAUCAGUUGUUUUCUUACAAUACAUUUUAUCGUUCUACGUAGACGUAUUAUCUUUUUAAUAGUAAUAAAAAAAAGUACAAUAUUCUUGUCCAUGUUAUAAACAGAAUAAAUAUUGCCUAAUGGUGGGGGAAAAAGAUGGCUGGAAUUUUUCAAAGUAACGAAGGAAAGAUAUGUACCGUGUUGUCCGAUAACCAGGUCGACGGCAUAAACAAUGGUUUAAGAGACAUCUCUGUCUCGUGUGGCAGUAAACAGAAGAAACCUGGAGGGAUUUCGAAAAAGAAACAGGCGGCAACUAAAUCUCCAAACAUUACCAAGAAUAGAGGAAAAGAAAUAAAGAGGCCUUCGUCUCAAACUUCUUGUAGAUCUCCGAGAUACGAAUCGGUAUUUCAGAAGCCGGACACAGCUUAUAGUUCCUCUACGAGAAAAACUGUCAAUCGUCUCUCGUCCAGCGAUCCGUCUGGUGAUGCAAUUCUAAGAAAAAGUAUUAGCGGUGAACAGCUAAAAGGCUUUAGAUAUUCGGGUUCUAGUUCGCCCUCGCAGUCAUCCGACAUUACCAAAUACAAUAUUUUUAGAGGACGGGGAAGACGAGGCUCUGAUUCCUGUCCAGAAAAGGGUUACAUUCUGCCUUACGGUUUAAGAGUGCAACAUGCAGCUCAUAAAUGUAUGUGGUCUGGUUCCGAAAGUGGCUCAGCUACAUCACCUGCUGGAAGUGGAAGCCAACCAAGUGGUGAAGCUGUCGGUGUAAUAAAAAAUUCAUACAUUCUACCAGAAUCCAAGAAGAAAGUUUAUUACUCAGGAACAGAAGGUCAGAGUCGUAUUGCAGCGCAGAAAAAACAGAAAAGUACCAAGGAUUUUAAGUUCGAUGCCUAUAUGCCAUUAUGCGAAGUCCAACAAGGUUUGAAAAAAGGUGAAUUAAUUGAGGGUGUUUUAAGAAUAAAUCCAAGGAAUUACGAAGAUGCAUAUAUAAGUGCGCCGGACGGUCAGAUGGACAUUUACAUUGGAGGCAUACUUGAUAGAAAUCGUGCAUUAAACGGGGAUGUAGUUGUUGUCCAGCUGAAACUUCCUAAAGAUUGGAAAAUACUUCGGGAAGAUCUUGGGGACUAUCAGAAACAACAGAGUUGUAAAAUAAUAAAUUUUAAUCAUAAUAAUUCUAAUAAUAAGCAGAAUAAAAGUCCUUUUAAAGAUAGAAAUAAAAAAUUUUCAAAUACACUUUUUAAUUCAAGCGAUAAGUUAAAUAACAAAUUAGACGAAGGAGAAAACUUUAGAAAGAAGAAAAAACGUAUAAACAAAAAUACUAAAAAAAAUAAGUACUCUCUUGAAACUGAAAACGUUCCCAAAAGUAAUUCCGAUGACUACAUCCCUCAUCCGAAAGAAGAUUUUUCUUCUACCUCACUAAUCAAUCCUGUAUAUAAAACUCAGUGUGAAGAAAUUAAGAGCAACUGCAGACUGCACAAAGAAUCAAACUUUGAUAGUAAAAAUGACAAAACAGAUCAACCCUGGACGGGUCCUACGAGUGACAAUUUAUUUUUAAUUCCCGAUGAUAUUCAGAAUUAUGAAUGUAGCGAAUUUGAGAUACCUUAUACCGCGAAUAAAGUAACCGACGAGGACAUCGCUAUGAUCAAUAAUGGAAGAAUUGUGGUCGCACCGGAGGAACUUAGUGGCGACGAAUUUUCUCAGUCGGUCAGUGGAGAGAGUACAUGCAGCUAUCAUCUGGAUCAGGUACAGGAAGAUUCUAGGUUUAUGGAAUGUUUACAAAAUGAAGUAAAUAACAACGAAGAGGAUUUUAUCACUCAAGCGGGAAUUGCUUCGAAUGUCGAAGACAGUUUAGAAAGGGAAAAUGAUUUUAACGCUUUUAAUUGUAACACUGAGGCAUAUAUACAGACAGGAGCUUCCACAGACCCAACUAACUGUAAUGAAAUUAAACAAGAUAUCUGUAGUUUUGAUUAUAGUAAUAGUUCAAAUUCUUUAGGAACAGUUUUUAAUAAUCACGUGCCUAAUGACGAAACUGUUAGUGAAAAAUGUAGAACGAACUCUUUGGUUAACGACAAUACAAAUUCUGAGAUUACAAAUAAUAAACAAGAACAAAAUAUUAUUUCUUUGGUUGAAGUUAAAAAUCAGGAACCUAAUAUUUGUAAUAAGCAGAAAAAGAAGAAAAAGCGACGAAACAAAAAGAAAACGGAUACUUCGGAAGAAAACAAAUCGGAUCUUCGUUAUUUAAGUAUCGCCGAACUUUUAAAGCAUCCUGACGGUUCAAGAUUUAUUCAAAAAACAGCAAAAGUAGUUUAUAUUUUAGAAAAAAAACACACUCGUAAGGCAGCUGGAUUUCUUAAGUUAUUACAGGAUAAAAGUAGUAAGUGGGCGCUCUUUUCUCCCACCGAUCACAAAUUGCCUCGAAUUUUUAUUCCCAUGAACGAAUGCCCUAAAGACUUUUUAUUGCGUCCGGAUGAUUUUGUAAAGUAUCUCUUCUUGGCAGAAAUUGUAGAAUGGACUGACGAAUCGAAAUUUGCUAAAGGAAAGCUUAUUCAGAAAUUGGGAGAAACGGGUGAAGUGGAAGCCGAAACUCAAGGGAUUUUAUUAGAAAAUGGGAUAGAUACUAAUGAUUUCUCUGAUAAAAUAGAGAAAGAGUUAAAUGACUAUCUUGAUUGGAUUGUUCCCGAAGAGGAACUGAGGGAACGGAAGGAUUUUAGAAAAGAAUGUGUUUUUACAAUCGACCCAUCGACAGCGCGUGACUUGGAUGACGCGGUCUCCUGUAGAUUUCUUCAAGACGGACUUUACGAAAUAGGCGUUCACAUAGCCGACGUUACUUAUUUUGUAAAAGAGAACACCGCUUUAGACACAACCGCAAGUGAUCGAGCAACCAGUGUUUAUUUAGUACAAAAGGUCAUUCCAAUGCUUCCGCCACUUCUCUGCGAAAGACUUUGCAGCUUAAAUCCAGGUGAGGACAGACUGACAUUUUCCGUAGUUUGGAAGAUGAAUGAGGAUGGGGAAAUCUUAGACGAAUGGUUUGGACGAUCCAUGAUUUGUUCUUGUAUGAAGUUAAGUUAUAAUCAUGCCCAGGAAAUGAUCGAAAACCCCCAGAAAGAGUGGGAUAGUUUCAACGAGUUGCCACCCAUUCACGGCGAUCAUAAAUUAAAUGACAUCGUCCAAAAGGUGUUGCGUUUAAAUAAAAUUGCAAAGAAGUUGCGAGAGAAACGAUUUAGAGACGGCGCACUACGACUGGACCAAGUCAAGUUACAGUUCAGUUUAGAUAAAGAAACCGGUCUGCCUUCGGGAUUUACAAUUUACGAACAUAAAGAUAGUAACAAACUCAUAGAAGAAUUUAUGCUAUUAGCUAACAUGGCUGUAGCUCACAGAAUAUAUGAAUUCUAUCCCGAUCAAGCUCUCUUAAGACGUCAUCCCCCUCCGGAUAAUAAAAUGAUGAACAAUAUUGUCACUAUGUGUUCGGCUAUGGGAAUUCAAUUAAAUUCAAGUACUUCUGGUAGUUUACAGGCUUCUUUAAAUUCACUUUUUAGUGAUGAUGAUAUAUAUUCUCAAGCUAGAAUACAAGUAUUAACCACACUCUGUUCAAAACCAAUGAGGUGUGCACUUUAUUUCAACUCAGGUAAUUUAACUGAUACUUCUCUAUAUCACCAUUACGCAUUGAAUGUUCCACUAUAUACUCACUUCACGUCACCUAUUCGACGUUAUCCGGACAUUAUUGUGCAUCGUUUAUUAGCAGCAUCUUUAGGUUAUCGUCCGCCUCCGGCUUACGAAUCGAAAGCCUUACAGCGAUUGGUAAACCACUGUAACGAUAUGAAAUACACCGGAAAAAGAGUUAACGAGAUCAGCUCGGAACUUUUCUUAUUUAUUUUUCUAAAGGAAUGCGGACCUCUCGAAGAGAAAGCCAUGGUUAUGGGUGUUAUGGAUCAUUCGUUUGAUGUCUUAAUACUUCGCAUGGGAGUCGUAAAGAGAGUUUAUUGCGAUAAACUCGAUCUCAAGUCGGCCGUUUACGAGAAAGAUAGAGGCGUUCCUAAACUCACUUUACUUUGGAACGGAGGAAACGAAUUACGACAAGUGAUAGAAAUAUUCAGUUUGGUUGACAUUGUUAUUUCAGUAUGUCCAGAAGAAACAUUUAAAUUUAAUCUUAUGAUGAAAAAUCCAGAAACUGCAGAGCUUGAAGAUUAAAGCGAGAUUUUCUUCUCGGACAUAUGGCAUUGGAAGAAGAGGACAAGGUCUGCAUAAAAUGCAGGAGACCGCAUAGUUUCAUUUUCGGCUUUAUAUUGUAAUGUUAUGUAAAUAUUUGCUAUUUUGACAAUUGCUAAAUUAAAAAAAAAA